CCGACGUCGUACGAGCGUCGCGAAGCUUUCAAUUUGCCGCGUACAAGGUAUCCUCGAACCGCCAAUUAAUACGAUUCGAAAAGGUGCUUCAUUCAGUCGGAAAAAAAUAUUCUAACAAUAGUUUUUUCCGUGAAUUAAACAAAAAUUAAUUUUUUCACUCGAGAAUCCCCUGUCUUUUUUCAUGAAUAACAAAAACUAAAAUUCGCUGCUUAACGUUACGAUUAAUAGGUAAAAUGAACAAUUGAUAAUUCGUCAUUAAUAAUAAUCGAAAUGUGAAUGGUCCACCUGGAAAUAUUUUUGUAGUUCACAUUCUCUCUUAUCCCCAAUCCUGAAGCCUCGUUUCUUUUCGUUUUUUUAAAUUCAUUGAAAAUUUUAAUUUGAGCAAUAAAAAUGCAUUCGUGUAAAGAUAAAAUUGAUUUUGAUGGUGGAAAAUGAAUGAGAAUAAAAUUUCAUUUGGAAACGAUCUGCCAAGCGGAAAAAUCAAUUGAAAAUCAACAGGUGGAGGUCGAUGCAAUACUCUGUUGCUUCGCAGCAUUCUUAUUCUUUCGUUCAGCAGGCAAUCUGUGUUGAGUAAUGGAAAAAAAGGACCGUCGAUUCUUUAAAAGCGUAUGAUAACCUGCCAAUAAUAAUGGUGAUACAAAGUUGUGAGUAAUGGUGCAUGGCAUUCCUGCAACAUUUUUUUCGAGUGUACGCGCGAAGUAACAACGCGAGUGAUCGAAAACCUGCGAAAAGUUCGUUGAACAAAGCGCACGAGAGAGAAAAUAUAAAGGCAGAAAAUAUCGUUUGACUAAUUAUAGCUGUCACCUUGAUCGAUCAGAGCAAGCAGAUCAGGAUGAUAAGAAAGCAAUCUUUCGCUACGAGCUUAAUGACCGGCGCUGGAGAGCCGCAAAUAAUCGUCGAGGAAAGUGGUUUCGGAGAAGAAGAAGCUGAACGACGGAGAAACGAAUCGCCGCCUCGUUGCCUGGAUCCGGAUUCCCCGUCGUUGGACCCUUAUCUACUCUCGCCUUGGCGCGACACGCGAAAACAUUCCUUGCCCACUCCGCAAUGCACGUCCGGUAUCACCGCGUCGCAGGUGCGACGCCUCAGCGAGCGCGGCGGUGAGGGCUCUGGUCCGUCAACAAAAGAAGCAGCUUUUCUAGCAACUUUGUCACAAGCCCCGGCACCCCAGCCGGGAGGACGUCGUCAUUCGGUCGUUACGAUCUCAAAAGUACCGCCGACCUUUUUCGGACGUAAUACUCGUCGCGAAUCAAUCGCCGCUGUUCCUAUGGGAGCCACGAGGAUACUUCCUCGUCGUGAUUCCUCCUCAGGGUUAUCCGGACCACCCAGUAAUACUGGCAGCUCGCACAAUCUUCAGUUGGACAUAAUGGACGAUAUAGCGGAAAUAAAAACACGAAAGGUGCGUUUAAAAAUGUGGAAAACACCGUCCCACGAGAGAGUCUGCGAGGUGCAGCCCCUGGAAGGAAACAGUAUGGCUCAGCGUUACGUGCAGCAACAGCAGCGACGUUUUUCGGACUUUGUUCCAACAUUACCGGGCUCGUCGUCGUCCUCGAGUUCGAUGAGAAGACGAGCAUCGGAGUUGCCGAGGCCAUCCGGGAGCGGAGCGCCAGCGGCGGGGAUAGUUUGCUCGAAUACCGAUUUGAUAUCGAUUUUAAGUUCGCUGACAUCAUCGGCAACGGAGAUAAAUCGUUGCGGGGAGGAAACCCCGGCGGCGAGUGCUGCCGGGGGGAAGACGUUGGACCAGAAGCGGAGUCGGUUGAAGGACUUUCGCUCCAACAGUUUCGACGUUUCGGUGCUGCACGGCACCGGAAAUAAGAUUGUGUCGGCGAUGAGCGGCGCCGGUGGCAACGGGACCGCGAAAACCGGCGCUGCUCCGAGUCCAGCGUCGGGGAAUUGGUUCGCCAAUCGGCACCGACCGAUGUGGAAGAAGCAACGGAGUCAAGAGCACAAUCUGACGCAAAUAAGCUUCAAAUUCGAAAAAUCAAAAGUCAUGAAAACGAUGAAGGACAGCCUACUGACGAGAACGAAUUCCCUUACGAGGGAGCCGCUCCAGCCGCAAGGCGCGAGACACAAGGUCGUCUGGGACGACACACGAGGCACUAAAGUCGACGCGCAAGUACUCGGCUCCGCGAUCGAAGAAUUCCUCACGUCCCAACGAGGGACCGAGAGCGAAGCAGCCUCUACGAGCGCAAAGCCUGCGGUCUCGCCGGGCAAAACUAAAGCCGGAAACAGCAGCAAAGUCACCAGCUGGUUCGCCGGCGGCAACAAGGACGAGGAGCAGCCAGAAAAUUGCGAAGCUUCGAUCUGCCCGUCCUUGAAAGAUUUAUUUGUUAAAUAGGCAAGUUACGUUGAUUACUCGAUCAACCAUAUUUGAGUUGCAGCUUCGUAUUUAAUCCUGUACAAAAACAUCGUUUACUCUGAUGAAUACGGCGGCCCGAUCGAGUCUCUGAAUAAUGUACACGGAGUCGCUCGUCAGGUCGGGGGAAUAUACGAAAAUAAUUGAGUCCUUGGCCAUUUGGCUUUUUACUGUAUCACCGGGGGAUCGACUGAAAAGUUAUGCUGAAAAGACCGUGCCGUCGGAGAGCGCCCCUCGCUCGUCCACUAUUUCGGGCCUAUUUGGACCGCGGCGCGGCAAUCGACGGAGCGUCCGACUCCGCUCUCUUCUUCUCGUUCGACCGUCACCCGCUGCUUUCGAAUUCUCCUAAAAUUAAAUUUCUACUUCGAAUCGAAUUGGAGAAGCGUUUUUAGCCGAUGCGCGGAAAAAUGGAAAAAAAUGGCUCUCGCUCUCGAUGAUCCGAUGUCAGAAAAUAAACGAAACCGAGCGGAUUUGCCACGAGGCCGAAAAAAACAGCUGAUUUCGGAAGGAUUUUUAUUCAGCAAAGGCGUUCGCACGCCGCUGGUGAAUUUAAAUGGACCUAAAAUUUAAACCCGAAAGAAAUGCCUGAAGAAAUCUUAUCAAUCGGUGGGAAAGCUUUGUCCGAAAAUUUGGGUCGUUCUGUCACAAUUAUUCGCAUUGCACCCUCGAUCGCUCGAACAGGAAUCCAACUUCGAGCAAUCGAGGCUGCAGCGACCACGAAACGUGCUGGCUCGGACUCUUCGCUUCACACUUUCGCUGUUUACAUCCCACGAGCUUCUAUGUGACGCAUUAUUUUCUACGAGCUACGAGCACAAAACAUGAGGAUCGUACACGAGGUGAGGCAAUUUUAAUUUACGAAAAUCUUGAGCCUUCGCUGGCCGAAGGACGAAUACUUAAUAACUCGCUGUGUAAUGUACAUUUAAAAUUGUAUCGCAGUAUGAAUGUUAUUGUUGCUUUAUUAAUGUUAAGAUAAUAUUAUUAUUUAAAUAUGAAUAUUAUAUCUCAUGUUAUUCGUGUAAAUCCGUAAUUUUACAUAGAAAACAUAUUUGUCAUGAUGAAACGUGACUCGUCACAAUGAAAAAUGCGUCAAAAAUAUCUUUCGAUCGUUCUCAAUGUUAAACAAUGAAAUUCAUUGUUAUUUAACGAGUAUUAUCCGCAGUAACGUAUUAUUAUGUAAAUAUAAGGCUGUACGUUAAUGUCAAACAUGUACCUAAUUCGUGUAAACCGAAAUAACAGAUUUUUGUUGAAGAAAAAAAAAUUCAGUUCGAGAACUCGAAAACGACAAACGUUCGUUGCUCCACUCCUGUCCAAGCAAUCAAAUUUUUCUUACUGCUUUUCCAAAACUUACGGAUUUACGUUCAAUCGAAACGACGUAAAGUUAAAUUUGACAGAAGAGUUGAAAACGAAUUUUUUACAUGGUGGGAGAGCUUGGAAAAUGAUAUGAAAUAUCGAAUUUAUCACGAAUCCUAAAAUAUUUUGUUUCCGGAGAAAUCCGACUUGGAAUCACGUGAUUUAGGGUGUCUAAAUCUUCCAGAAUCUUGAGCCCGAAUAAAGGCCUCGAGAACGGAUUUAAUCUAUGUGUCUUUGUCGAUGACUAUAAUUAUCAAGAUCGCGUGCGUCUUUAAUCAUAACCGCAAUGGGUAUGAACGACACGUAUAGAAUAGAGGAUGCAACCGCGACGCAAAAAACUAAAGGACCACCCAUAAAUGUAUAGACAAUCGUUCCGAAAAGAGAAUUCAAAUAAGUAUUAAGAAACGUGCAUGGGAGUUACGUAUACCCGAACAAAACUGAAGAUAUAAAUAUAGCGAUUGCACAUGAAGGGUUUAUUGCAAGCUACAGUGAAUAUAUCGGAGUAGAGUCCUUCGAGGCAUUCGCUUUUGAAUAAGGCUUAGACAAAUGCAUCAGUCGUUUGCAAGCAAUUUUAUAAGGAGCAGGUUUUCUAGAAAUUGCAGUGAGCAACUUGACUGAUGGAGAUUGAAUCACGACUUGAGGGUUUUCCAUAGACUUAGAUGAAAAUGGAAAAAUGGAUUUUUCAGAAAUAUUAUUAUUCGAUAAGGUUGGCCUCGAUAAGGAAUUGUAAAAGAGAUCCGGGAAUUUAUCUUGCGAGUUCGAGAAAGAAAAGUUGAUUUCUACUCGAAAGAGAACUUCGGAAGCUUUUUUUCUCGGAAUAGUGUUUUUGAAAUCUUGAAAAUUCAUGUAACGUGAGAAUUGAAAGGAAAUAUCGAUACGCAAUCAUUUGCACUUUAUAAAGAGAUUUUUAUUAUUAUUCUUAAUCAUUUUUUAUAUCACAGUUAAAGUAGAUGAAAAAAGGAUGAAAAUUUGAGCGCAAUCCUAACUUUGUUGUUGAAAUCUUGAUCAUUUAGCGGAAACACGGAUUUGAAAUUUUUCUUAAAAUUUCUUUUUUCAAUUUCGUCAUUUUUUGGGCUCGAAAAAUCUUUCAAAUCGACCCCCUUUUGAGCUACUUUUGAGUGUGUGCGAGUCCUUGAAGUACCUACUGACUCGAUGCCUAAUCAUUUAUAGGUGCAUUAAUCGAACGAUUUCGAUUAGAAAAGCUAGGGAACCGCCACUAGCGUUUUGGCAAUGGGAUUGAAAAAAAGUUGAAAGUUAAUAUUUCAUAAUCGCUAAUAACGCGGCAUGCUUAGCAUUCUUGGAUGUUCAUAAUUCUUGCAGUGCACCCUUCAUACACGCGCCUUGUUCAAAAAACGGAGAUAUCUAUGUGAGCGAUAAAAAAUAGUAAAGAUUCAAAGAUAAAAUUAUUGUGUCUACAAAAAUAAAAGGAAAUAAAUACUGCUGUUACACGAAUAAAUUCGCUGUGAUUCAUGUGCAAGUCCAACGUUGCAAAAAGAAAAUAAAAAGAAAGGCAUGACCGAACGAAACAGGGAAAACGAUCGAAAGGAAAACUUUCCAACGAAACUGUACGAGGAAAGCAAAGAGUUGGACCAAAAAAAUUGACCUCGAGAGUACGCCAUCUACGAAUGACUGAUCGCGACAGAAUAAUUUGAAAAAAAAAAUGCGAAUGAGAAACAGUGAAUCGUCGUUGCAUAAAGUGAAUAAAAUGUAAAUAGAUUGACACUAAA